AUGGCCGAGAUGGCAUAUCCCGAAUGGCAGAAGAGCUGGCAGCCUGGAGAGCCCAAAGAGGUGAGCUACCAGGUGCCGGCCGGCGCCAAGCCGGGCUCCACGCUGCUGGUGGACGUGGGCCGGGGCUACGCAGUGCCCACGCUGGUCCCAGAGUCCGCGCAUGGUGGCCUGGUGCUUACGCUGGUGGUGGACCUGUCGCGGAUCGUAGAAGAUAGCCGAAGCUGGGGCUUCAACGACCCCAGCCAAGUGGCUGGUGGCGUGGUGGCAGAUGCAGCAAGCUGCCAGGCAAAGUGCAGCGCGAGCUCCUCGUGCGAUGUCUUCACGUUUCUUGCCGCGGGUGAGAAGUGCCUUCUGCAAGGUAGCGACGCCUCCGAGGUGCUCAUGCCAGAAGCAGUCAGCGGGCCAAAGGCGUGCCCAGACGUGACUUUGCCAGACGCAUUGCAGCAGACCGCCGCGCUGGCUCGCAGUGCAGCAGGCGCCGCUCGCGAUGGGGAGCAGGCAGAGGAGGCAGUGGCAGAUGCUGUGCACCGCGGGGGGGUCAAGUUCGGCUUGUCCAACAUGCAGAAGGCGCAGCUGACUUCCAUCGGGAUCGGGCGCCUGGGUGCUAACCAGGCGGCGCUUAGCGGCCAGAGCGAGGUGCAGCAGAUCCAAGCGGCGGCCGCAGCUGCAACGGCCUGGAGCCCGGGGCAGCAGGCUGCCAUGUAUGCAGGCGGUGGGUUUGCUGCGGAGUCCCCAAAGGCCUUGCAGGAUGCGGUUCAGAGCCGCAUUUCCUACGCGAUGCUCAUGGCCCUAGACCUGGUGGCCCCGCAGUCCCACAACGCCACGGUGGCCCCCGAGCAGCUCCAAACUGCUGCGCGGCUGGGGGCACUGCUGCUGGCGCUGGACGGCAGCGGCUUGAAGGAGGUCUAUACCAGCACAAGGGCCGCCAUGCAGAAAGUGGCGCAAGACUACGGGAAGUCAACCGCAGUGCAGGUGCCAAAGUGCACUGUCCUUACCGCACUUGUACUUAGAAGUUGCGACGUUCGAGCCGGAGGCUGA